AAUUUAAAAUUUUUAUUAUUUCUAACCUCAAAAGUGAAAUGAUUCAAAAAUUCUAGUGUUUUAUUUAAUUGUGUUAAAACGAUACUGUGAUAAAAAUGAAGAAGAGAACUUUUGCAGUUAUAUUUUUGAUGUUAGGCGUUGUCAGUUGUGAUGUUCAAAACAGCGAAGUUAGUAAACCAAGUGUUUUCCCAUCUAUAAAGAAGUAUCCAACCUUCUUAGAUGUCUUGAAUGAAGAUUUGUUGAGUCAAGAAUGGGAUGAUAAUGAGAAAUCUUGUCACGAUCAAAUUUUAAAAAUUUUAACAAAUGUUCAAAAUUCAACGCUAUGGGCAACUUGGAUAUGGGACAGUGUUCAGUUACCUUCUGGUCAGUUCUACGGUGCACAUAACCAUUUUGGUAACUUCGAUCAAUGCUUACGCAGAGUCUGGACUGACGAUCCAAUGCCUACGCAGUAUUGUCUUGUUGACCUCAAACUUGCUGAAUCUGACAAAUUAAUGAGCACAAUACACCCUUAUGAUAAAUCUGAAAGUUAUUUUCACUUAAGAAAUGAAUAUGGUUCAACGUUCAACAUCAUGUCGUGGGGUUUAUGUAUGCCGGCGGUGUGCCAAACUGAAUCCAUACGUAAAUUCGUACGUACUUUGUAUGGGUACAGCCACAUAAGUACUAUUAAUCCUCAUCCUGAUAUCAUAUCUUUAUACUGUCAGUUUGCACGGACACCGCAAGGAAAUAUCACUGGAUUGUACACAUUGUUAUUGUCUGCAGUGGUGUUGGUCAUAAUAGCGUCGACUUGUACGUUCAUGACAAUCAAGUACAAAGACUCUAAAACAAAUCGUAUCGUUAUGAAGAUAGUCAGCGCAUUCGACCUUAGAAAGAACGCAAGCGACCUUAUGUCAGUAAGCAAAGACGAGAUCAAAGUGAUGCAUGGAGUUAGAUUUCUCACUGCAUUUAUGGUGGUUACCCUUCAUGUCAUGUUUAUAAACAUCAUGGCUACCGCUGGCAAUGGAUUGGAUAUGAAUGACGACUUCAAGCGCUAUGCUGGAUUCUUGUCACACUCUAGUGUUGUGGUAGACACGUACUUUAUGAUGUCAGGACUGUUGCUGAUGAGGAGCUUCAAGCCGGAGACUGGUAGACUGAUCAGUCCUAUCAAACUGAUAAUUAAAAGAUAUUUCAGAUUAAUUUGGGUGUUCAUAGUAAUGAUUCUUGUUGUUGUAACCGCUACACCUUAUUUGUACGGUGGUCCUCUGUGGUCUAAAUACGCUCGAGUCGAACAGGAGGCGUGCGAGAAGAAUUGGUGGUUGGGUCUUCUCAUGGUGGGGAAUUACAUUGACCCGGAAAAUAUUUGUAUGCAAAUAACAUGGUACAUACCAGCGGACUACCAUAUGGCAGUCGCCUGUACGUUGAUGUACUGGUUAUACCAGAAGAACAAACGCAGCGGCCUCUGUCUGUUCGGUGUGGUGACCAUCGCCUCAGUUUUGUUGCCCGGAGUGUACACGUACUACCAUAAAUUAAGUGCUAUUACUAUAUUUGAUGUUGAAACAAUUACAAACAGUCGUAAAGAUAUAACCGAUUCUCCGAUAUAUGGCUUAAGUCACUUCCGAGCUGCACCGUACUUUGUGGGACUGAUCGCUGGAUAUAUUCUGUCAAUUUACAAACCGGCUAACUACAGGAAUGUUAUAUCAACGGCAUUGUGGUUGUAUCUAGUAUAGCCAGUUUGUACAUGACUUUAUUUAUAGAAGCACCACUAAACAAUUUGGUCGGACUUGUAAUAAAGACGAAACCAUCCGUUACCAAAAACAAAGAAAAAAGUGACACAACACUAGCCAAAAGUGAAUCGUUCAAGGAAAAUAUUUCAGUUGACGAAGUUAGAUUCGUCGCAAUGAAUGAUGAAUCUCAAAAAGAUAUUAGAAAAGCAAAUGGUAUUGACAAUAAUGCUUAUAUAAAAGAAGCAAAUGAAGAAAGAAAAAAAGAAGACGCAUGGAGACAAGAUUUUUAAAUAAUAAAGAGGACAAAAUAUAUCGUUAAUAAAGAUAACAGUUCAAUGA